CACAAUCCAAAACAAACAUGUGCACAUAUCAACAACACCACGUUUAGCUCGAUGCGUUUGUUGCAAGCAUGUUGUAGGUAGAAGAAUCGCACCAAAACGCUCGGAAAUGAAAACGAAAAAGUUUAACAUAAAAAGGAGGAGUGCCCCUGAAACGUUGUCGGAUAAAAUUCACGCCCAGUUCCAACCAAAACCUUCCAGGGACGUUGCUGACGAUUCGGGCGACGAGGAAACCCGGCCGAAAUUUAGCGAGUUUGAGGAAAAUGAUGCCGAGUUGGAACGAGCUGCCGGCAGCGGUUUGAGUGAAAUUCGGAAAAGAAAUAUUGAAUACUUGGAUGCGGUCGAUAGGAAGUAUCAGGGACAGAUUUCCUCCCGCAGGGAGGUUUUUGAGAGCGAAGAGGACGAGAAAGGUUCGGAUGAUGCUAGUUCGGAAGCUGAAGAAAGUUCUGAGGACGACGGUUAUCAGCCGGGUGCUUUUGUGAAGUUGAAGCAGUAUCAUAAUUCUGAGGAAGCGGAAGCGGACGAUCGCGAGUUCGAUGAAGGUACUGAUUCUGAAACAUAUGACGACGACGCGGAGGAGAGCGAUGACGACGAAGAUGAAGAGAAUGAUGAGCAGGAUGAGGAUGACGUUAAUGAUAUUUCUCUGGGAGAUUUGUUGGGAAAAAGUUCAAGCGACUCUCAGAAAUUUUUACAGGACGAAAAUCAACAGGAAUCAGUUCAGAAAGGAAUUUGUGUUCAAAAUCAGCUAAAAAUAUGGGAACGUCUUCUAGAGAUGCGCAUUAAGAUGCAACCAUGCCUGGUAACGGCCAACGCUCUUCCUCGCGAAGACAAAUUCCACAGUUUCUCCAACGAGGAAACAUUCAGAGAAGCCACUCAACGGACGGUUGACACCGUUGAAUCCACUCUCCAAAGCCUACUUCAGCUGCAAGAAACAUUGGCGGGCAGCUUUCCGGAAACGAAAGAUUUGUUGAAAGUCGGAUCCAAAAGGAAAGGCAAAGGCGCUGUCUCGAAUGGCAAGAGCAGUAAAAAUGUCCGUUUGAAUGAUUUUGAGCUGAGGAUAGGAGAAAAUUUUGCCAACUUCAAACCUUAUCGGAAUGAUGUCCUCCAAAGGUGGGACGAUCGAGCUAAAGCGUCCAGCAAUGUCAAAAAUGUACACCAGUCACUCAGUGUGAUCAAGAAGAUAGAAAACGGUAUGCUGGCGAAAGACGAAUUGAUCCGGAAAACUCAACUAUACCGAGGCGGUUAUGAACUGUUCGCAAAACCUGCGCCGGAAAAGGUAGAUCACACAAAAGAGGCAACCGAUUGCGGCGAAGAACCGGAACCGGUAUACGAUGAGGAAAUUUACGAUGAUUCAGAUUUCUAUCACGCACUGCUGAGAGAACUGAUUGAGUAUAAAUCCAACGUGACGGAGAAUCCGCAGGAAAUCAAUGCCAAGCUGGCCGAACUGCAGAAAUUGCGAAGCAAGAUGAAGAAACAGGUCGAUACGAGGGCGUCCAAGGGUAGAAAAAUAAGAUAUGUGGUUCACAAGAAGCUGGUUAAUUUCACUGCUCCGGAUGACAAGCACGAGUGGACGGAAGAAGCGAAGAAUGAGCUGUUUGCUUCGUUGUUCGGAGGCACAAACGCGGGUACGGAAGGGUAGAAGUCGUUCGAUCUGUGAGGACACGAACUGGCAGGAUGAAGAAAGGCGAACGAAUUAGUCUAAGGGUGGGUUUAGACUAGUGAUAUAUUCAUGUGAAUAAAUAUGAUGAGAUUUAUAGAAAUCGCAUCAACCGUUUACACUAGCGUGAACUUUUAUAAUGAAUAUAUUCAUAUUUUCGAUGAAUUUAUUCACCGGAAGUAGAACUGCAUCCAACUUUAGUGAUUUCUCACCAGUGAGAAAUUCAUAAGCGUUUACAUAUGCUGAAUUUAUUCAAGUUAUAUAUACCUCGAAUAAGUGUAUCACAUUUAUUCUCACCCGUUUACACCUAUUUUCACGUGAAUAAAUCCAUCUAUAGCUAUAGAUCUCCCUAAUGUAAACCCGCCAUAAUAAAUAUAAACAACCCUAUUCUGUA